UUUGUUAGUUUGUCUAUAGGGGUUUUCGGAAAUAAAAUCCUAGAUUAGGUAGUUUACUAAUCAGCUGUUCCAAGAUCAGUGCUGAGAGUAAUCAGCUGGUAGUUUAAUUACGAACGGUUGGAUCAUUAGAUUUAUUGGGUUAACAAUCACAUUUAAAUAUAUUUCGUAAAAAGAGAUAAAUUAAACAAAUAAUCCUAAUAUUCUUAUUAUAUUAUUAUAUUUCUAAUCUUUAACGAUUGUAUAAGAUCUAUUUUUAUCCUAUUUGUUUUGCUUUAAGUAUACUUUUUAGUUUCUGUAAGACUAUUUUUUAUAAAAACAAAAUGUGUUUUAUUUUAGGCUUUUUUAAAAUUAUGCCAUUUAAAACAAAAACACUAUAAACUUUAUUUUAAUCAUUUAUUUACUGCCAACAUAAUAAACAUUCCAUCAUAUUAAUAAUAAAAAAAUAUAUCAAUUUUUAUCUACCAAUUGUGAUGAAAAUUUUCAGAAUUGUCUAUCAAGUUCCAUUCUUUCAUUAUGCCUGGCUAUUUUAAUCUAAAUGUUUUAAACCACUUUUCUGUAGUUGAGUUUUCAUUUUUUUCCUAUUGGGUGUCUCCGAUAGUGCUUUUUCGCAGUCAGUAUCUUUAGAAUUACUUGUUGGUUUUUUAUUUAUUUAAAAUCUAGAGUUACUUGAUGCUAUGCUGAUUGGCUCAUUUUUACGGUCACUAACAAAAUAUCAUGUAUUUGAUCAACAUUAGAUAAAGUGAUUUCGGACAAAACGGUUAUUAAAAAACUUUAUACUUCUAUGCGGACCGUUACGUUUAAAAUUAUCCUAGAAAUGAUCAGCUGAUUAAUUCUACCCACCUCAUUAGGAGGGUUAGUAGGAUCACAACAUAUGGCAAAAAUCGAGUUAUUCGGAUCACUUUCAGAACGCAUUGACUCGUUUUGAGAUCACUUUUCGAACGUCUGGAUUAGUAAUCCUAUCAAUCCGAUCAAUCAGAUCACAGUUUCCGAAAAGCCCUUAUGAUCCAUACUUCUCAUGACGAUUAUUACCAAACCACAGAAUAACUAAAGGUUAUUACUCUUAUUAUUACCCUUAUUUUUGACAUUUCUCAAUUCCCUAACCUAAAGUUCGGAAAGUCUUCUAACCUAUUUUUGUGUUGAUGUGUUGUUCAUUGUUCAUUUUUAAUACAAAAAUAACAGAGAUUCUUUUAAAAUGUCUGAUAUACGUUGUAAGUUUUUUGUACAGCGUAAAAAACGAUACUGUAAAAUGUUGGUAAAAUCAGGGCAAGAAUAUUGCGGAGAACAUCAAAAACCUGUUGAAGACCUCGAUAAAAACAUGGAAAAUGAUACAAAAACGCGAAUUUUGUGCCCCUUAGACAGGAAACAUACUGUGUACCUGCAUAAUCUAUCAAAGCAUCUGAAAAUUUGUAAUGCCCGACAAGAUCACACUGAACCUUAUAUUGAGAAAGAUAUUAAUUUAGGAGAUUCAGGAAAAAAUUCUACUGAUUUAAAUGAUUCAUAUCAACUGUUGUCAACAUUUUCCAAAGAUCACAUCUUGGCCGUUAUACAGAAAGCAAAUAAACUCUUCGAAAAAUAUGUAAAACUCUCAGAAAAAAAACUGUGUCAUGAUAGUCUGAGGGAGGAGCUAAGUAAACCUGAGUACGGUGAUAAAACUAAAAAACACUUGAGGCAAGUGUCUUCUAUUCUUGGGUUACUGAAUAAUUUUGAACUAAUUCAAGAUAAUUCAUGUUAUAUUGAAUUUGGUGCUGGUAGAGGUCAGCUUAGUUAUUACAUAGCCGAAAUAACAGAAUCGUUUGACAAAGUUAAAUUAUUGUUGAUUGAAAGAGCUUCACCUAAACACAAAAAAGACAACAAAUUAGCCAAAACAACAGACCGAGUUCAUAGAAUAAGGGCAGACAUAAAGGACUUAGUUUUAGACAAAGUAGAUAUAAUAAAAGAUAUAGAUAAUAUUGUAGGAGUUACUAAACAUUUAUGUGGAGAAGCUACAGAUUUGACCAUAAAAUGUUUGACCAACAUGAGUGAAAAUAGAAAUAAACUAAAAGGGGUGGUUUUAACUUUUUGUUGUCACCAUAGAUGUCGUUGGACGCCAUAUACUGGCAAAGAUUUUUUUACUGAAAAUGAGUUCACCAAGGAAGAUUUUAAUAUCAUGUGUUGUCUGUCCAGUUGGGCUACUUGCGGCUCUGGAUUAAGUAGAGAAGUUAGGGAAAAAAUUGAUAAAGAUCCUGAAGAAACUGAAAAGUGUUUGGAGUAUGGACUCAAGAGAAACGACAGGGAGGAAAUAGGCAGACGAUGUAAAAAUUUAAUCAAUUGGGGUAGAUUGCUACAUUUAGAAACAGCAGGUUUCACUUGCUCAUUGCAUUACUACGUUGAUAACAAUGUUACGUUAGAAAAUGUUUGUAUAGUGGCAUAUAAAAAAUAAAACAAUUAUGGAAAAA